AUGGGUCUCACCAAACCUUGCAACUCAACCGGGCUUUCACUCGAGUUCGACGAGGCUCGCCAUCACCAUUCGCCCGGCGACGUGAUCAGCGGACGAGUCAACCUCUCAACGGCGAGCGAGACAGCCAUCGGCAAUGUGGCCGUCUCCUUCUGGGGCCGGGCCAAGUCUCGCAUCAUCCAACAACACGGACAGUCGGCUACCACGCACCGCGGGCGGACCCAGUACUUCCACCAGCAGAAGACGCUUUAUGAAGGGCAGUAUACUCACAAAGCGGGGUUCUUCAGCUGGCCGUUUGAAUUCGUGGUCCCCGAUCGCGCCGACCCGGUCUGUAUCCGCUGCAGUGACAAAUGGAAGCCCAAAGAGCAUUACCGGUCGACGCAGGACCUGGAUCUCAACCUGACGCUGCCCGCGACCAUGUUCCAUAAGAGGUACACGUUCGGUCGCCAAGCCGAUUGUUUCAUCGAAUACGUUCUCGAAGCCGUCGUCACGGAACCUGAGGGCCUGCAUACCAUCCGCAAACCUCAGACGAAAGUCUCCAAGUAUCCCGUCGUCUUCCAUCCGCUGUCCACGCCCAAACCCAUCCAAGACUACAGAUUCACAGAGGAGACUCGAUACCUCACCAUCUCUACAUUGAAACUGCUCCCCGAGUACAAGGAAACCGGUCUGGGAAUGCGAGAUCUCGCACGGUCCAUUUUCCAGAAGGACUCCCUCCCACGCUUCUCGUUCUGGGUGAUGGUCGAGGCACCGACUCUGAUCCAACUGUUCCAUCCCGAGAACAUUCCUUUCCGAAUCAGAGCAACACCGGACACCAAGCCUGGGCGGACAACCGUCGACCAUUCAACUGGGUUUCCCGAGGUCGUCUUGAAAUCGGCCAAGAUCGAACUUAAGGCUUUCGUCCGCUGCCGCGCCCCCGGAACAUACUCAGACAACAAGACCUACGACAUUCCCCUACUGGCCCAUCGCGUACUCAAUGAACCGCUGCAGCUGACACACGGAUCCACAACUGCGGCAGAAGCAACAGUCGACCUAGGCCGGCUGUGCAACCUACGCCUUGGCAACGCGAAACUCGGCUCCCGUCUAGAAGGACCAUUGUGUCCCAGUUUCACCGGGUACAAUGUGUCGCGCACGUACUUGCUGACAUGGGAACUGGAGGUUGAAUGUGCCGACAAGACGGAAAAGAUAUAUUCCUCGUACAACACGCCUGAAUGUACGGUCAUCAUGCAACCCGCUACUACCCAUCUAUCUUACUCAGGCUUCGAUCAGGCCGAAGGUACAGAGAUGACACGCGUGACGUCGGGCCAAAGUACCGGGUCAGGGUCGAGACUGGGGUGGUGGUCCUCGCGCAGACGGUCUGGCGAGCCCACCACGAACGGCGCCAACGUAGAAAUGAAGAAGGAAAAACCGACGUUUGGUGCUUUUGACAGAACACCUGGAACGAAAGAUUCUCAGCAAAAGAAGAACAAGCAAGAGAAGGUCUUGACGAAGGAGGAAGAAGCUGCUCAAGACCGCGCAUGCCGGAUCAAGGAACAGGAGUCUGAUGAAGAGGUGGAAAAUGAUGGACAGGAACAGCAACAGCAACAGUUCUAUCCUGACACUGACACUGACACCGGCACCGACGUGGAGGAUUGCAUCUUCACUGACGCUACCACCCUUGGGCUUCACGGAGAGCAGGCGCCUCAGCCACCACCUUCAUCAUCGCCGCCACACACGACGAUCAUCACGGACAUUGAGGCCGAUCUUCCACCGCCGAGAUACGUCCCUUGA